CUUUGGGACAGGCGGACAGCUAAGAGAGGACGAUAAAGGUUGCAGGGCAGUGGCCAGUGUGCGCACAGACACUGUAACGGCUACAUUUCUUUUCUUCCCUUUGGUUUUUCUUUCUUUUUUUACUCUUAGAUAAUAAAUGUAAAUUGAAUUUAUCUGACAUGGCGGGUGAGGUGGUGAAAUGAUAUGACGUGUCAUCCCUUACCCCGGAAGCCAGCCAACAGGGCCUUCUUUGAGGCUAUAAAAGGGAUCUCAAGUUGAAUUGCUUCUCACUCACUAUUCGGAGCACUCUCACUCACUCACUCACUCACUCUCUCUCUCCCUUGCUCUGCUCUUCUUCUUCUUCCACAAGCCUAAGGUAGUUCUUUUUCCUGGUUCCAAUGGCGGUCUCGAUGAGCAGAAUGACUCUUCUGAUGGGGAUUUUCAUGGGUUUUGUGAUGGUGGGUUUGGUUACCUCCGCGAAAUUUGACGACCUGUUCCAGCCAAGCUGGGCUUUCGAUCACUUCAUCUAUGAAGGAGAGCAGCUGAAGCUGAAACUUGACAACUCUUCUGGAUCUGGGUUUCAGUCCAAGAGCAAGUAUCUGUUUGGGAAGGUGAAUAUACAGAUUAAGCUUGUGGAGGGAGACUCUGCUGGGACUGUUACUGCCUUCUAUAUGUCAUCAGAGGGUCCUAAUCACAAUGAGUUCGAUUUCGAGUUUCUGGGCAACACCACAGGGGAACCCUACCUCAUCCAGACUAAUGUCUAUGUCAAUGGUGUUGGCAAUAGGGAGCAAAGGAUGAACCUUUGGUUUGAUCCCACCAAGGAUUUCCACAACUACUCCAUCUUUUGGAACCCGCGCCAGGUUAUAUUUCUAGUGGAUGACACUGUGGUGAGGCAGCACUCAAACUUGGAGCACAAGGGAAUCCCAUUCCCCAAAGACCAGCCAAUGGGAGUCUACAGCUCGAUCUGGAACGCUGACGAUUGGGCGACUCAAGGCGGUCGGAUCAAAACCGACUGGAGCCAUGCCCCAUUCAUUGCAUCCUACAAAGGUUUCCAAAUUGAUGCAUGCGAGAGCCCUGCUUCAUCAGUCUCAGCAGCUGAUUUGACCAAGAAGUGCACCAGCAGUGCCGAGAACAAAUACUGGUGGGAUGAACCAGCAUUGUCUGAGCUCAACCUUCACCAGAGCCAUGAGCUGCUCUGGGUUAAGGCCAACCACAUGGUCUAUGACUACUGCAGUGAUAAUUCUAGGUUCCCUGUGACACCUGAGGAGUGCCAGCACCACCGUCAUUAGUAGUAGUAACUGAAUGAAAUGAAAUGAAAUGAAGGAAUUUGAUCAUGCCACUGUAAAAAAGCACUGGGUGGAAGAAGCUUGUGGCCGAGAGGGGAAGGGGGGAGAAAAUUGGAUCUAUCGUCACAUAUUAAGGAAGGGUGAAACAUGUGCUCCAUGUUUUGAUGUUCUCAGUUGUCUUGAUUUUGGGCUUUUUGAUCAGAUCAUGUAAUAUAUGCUGUGUUAGGGUCUAAUUAUUAUUAAUAUGAAGCUCAGUUGUCCUUUCCUUCUGCUGGGCUG